AGAAAUUUAAGACGAUAGAAUAGAUUAACGGAUAGGUUAAAUUUUGCCAUAGAAGUAAUAUUCAGUAUUGUUAUUUUACCGAUAUCCGUACGUAUGGUCUUGGACCUUAAAGAAAUUAAUUUCUCUGUCUUGUGCGUGCUUAAAUGAGAGGUUUGAUCAUACCCUACAAUAUAUAAUUUUUGAUUUGUUAUUUAAAAAAAUUAAUGCGACGAUUUUCAAAAAUGUCUUGGUUUUCUCUUGUUGGAAUUAAUGUGCCUAGGGUUGUAACUUGUCGAUAUAUAUGCGUGACACCAGCCAAAUAUCAGGAAAAUGUGGAAGACAGCAAACUGGAGUAUAGAGAAGUAACAAAAAAUAGGUCGGAAUCUGUUCCAGUGGAAACUAGUAUAAAAUACUUGAAAAGUCCAGCUUAUUUUCAGACCUAUGGUGAAAAACCAGUAUGGGUACCUUACAGAAGAAAUCAUAAGGGAACAUUCCCUCCAACAAUGACCAGAAAAACGUGCAUACGAAAUGGAGUAAUUUCUACUGGUAAUCCAUGCCCCAUAUGCAGAGAUGAAUAUCUGGUUUUAAAUGAACAAAACACUGAACUUCUGAAACAGUUUAUAUCACCACAAACUGGGGCAAUCUUAGGUUAUUCUAUAACAGGUUUAUGCCGGAAGAAACAUCAAGAAUUGGAAGUUAAAAUCAAGAGGGCAUAUGAUAUGGGGUUGAUAACAUAUGAUGUACCAUUUCGCAAAUAUGACUAUUUAGAAUAUCAACAAACACAACAAUAAAUUACAAUAUUCUAAAAUAUUUUAUUCACAAUCUGCAUGGAAUAAAAAUAAAGUGGAUAAGUAAAUUUCAAUAAAAAAUAAAUGUUGACUGUUUGUUUAUUCCAAGUAAUUUUGGAGAAUAACUGUUACUACAUAUAUAAAAUGGAUUAUAG